CCCGGAUGUAACAUGGCUACAGCUGAUAGUGGAGUGAAACCCCUUCAAAAUGCCAUGAAAAUGGCCAAAGUUGCAAUACAGCUGGACGGAGGGAACAAACACAAGGAAGCUUACUGUGAAUACCUGAGAACCAUCAACUACAUAUCACAUGCACUUUUGGAGGAAGCUGGGCCUCAGAAGGAGAAGGAGAUGGUGGCGGUGGAAGUAGAGCGCAUGCUGAGGCUAGCGGAGCAGUGUUUGGAGCGAGCCAAGUCAUUUAUAGGAAAGAACUCUAACCCUCCUGACCUCUCCGCCUCCACCUCGUCUUCGGGUUUACCUGGCCUAUCAGAGCCCCAUCAGACCGCUGCCCUCCCCGCCGCCACUGCUGCAAAUACUACUGAUACUCAUGUUGAUACGCAGCACAAAGCGACCAGCCCGACAAAGACCGGCCACCGCAGGGUGUUGUCCGAUGGCGGCGGAGAACUCUCCCCUUUUCUGCCUCCCGAAGUCUUCCAGAGAUUACAAGCGGUGGCGUCACAGGACACAUGUAAAAAGGAGCUGACACCGAUUGAAGAAGCAUCACGUUUGAACCAGAAGUUGAAAGCAAACUAUGAAGCUCGUCUGGCAAGGCUCACGCCUGGUCAGGCCUACCAGAAAACAUCCUUAACCCUCUCUCUCCAGCGGCAGAUGAUGGAGAACCUCAUCAUAGCGAAAGCCAGGCAGGAUGCUCUGCAGCGGAAGAUGGAGGAGAGAAGAUUGAGGCUACAGGAAGAAGCCAACAGGAGAUUUGCAGCAUCUGGGGCAAUGACUCCAGAAGAGCAAGAGCAGCGUCUUCUCUACACCAACGUGUUAGAAUAUGAGCAAGACCACGACUGGCCCAAAGAGUGGAAAGCCAAAUUAAAGAGGAAUCCUGAUGCCACGGUAGUGUCAGAUUUGGUCUCCUAUCUCCUCAGUCGGUCUGACCAUCCAGUGGUGAAGCUGCUGAGGAAGCACCAGUACAGAAUUUACAACAGACUUUACCCCAUUGUGAGCAAAGGCCUCCCUCAGAGUCCUGCCAUGCCCCUUAGGCCAUCACGCAGCGUUCACAAUCUGCUUCAUCCAGACAGUUACAGGAAGCCAGUGAGGACUGCAGGUAGCAGCGUUGGUUGCCAGAGCUUCAGCACCGACUCCUCCCUUUCCCCGUCGCGCUCUCAUGAGCUCAACGCCAACUACGAUGAUGAGGAUGUGGAGGAGCCUCACACACAAGAGACAGUGGAUCGGGAGAACUCUUUUGAAGAUCUGGAGCAGUUCCUUUCCCAGCUGGAAUGGACUCCACCCCUUAGCGGCACAGAUGAGACCUCCUCAGAUUCUGAGCUGGCAUGUGAUCCAUCGCUGCAGUCGGACAGGGACGAGGGCCACAUCCAGGAGAUGGAGAUGAGAGCACUGAAAGAACACUUGAAGGCGAUUGUCAAAGAGAUCCAUAUCGCUAUUGAUCAACUUCUCUCGCUGUGUUUGCUGUCCUUCGAGUGUCUCAACACAGCCAGCUCUAAGGACUUGUGUCUCGCCAGCAUAGAGGAGGCCUUCUUCACGCCCCUAUGGAGCGCCCUGGUGGCUCUUUUCAGGAGGGUCCACGGAGAGAGGGAGCAGGCCUUUGAAAAAAGCAUCAGGCUGUACUGCAGUGCUUCUCCAGGAGAUGUCGGUGUUCCCCUGAAACUGUUUCCUCGGGACCCUGCUGCAUUGCAAGCCUCCUACCCCUAUGAAUCUGCAGUGCAUGAGCUUAAGCUUCUUGUUCAGGACUUCUGUCCACAGAGAAAGCUGGAAUGCAUAGUUAGGACAUUACGGCUGAUCUGUGCCUGUGCUGAGGAUUACAGGUGUCUUCAAGAAGUGGAUUCCACUCCCAGAACAGCGGCUAUCGGGGCCGAUGACCUCCUGCCCAUCCUGUCCUUCGUGGCUCUGCGGUGUCAGUGUCCCCAGCUGGUGUCGGAAUGUGCUGCUUUGGAGGAGUUCAUUCAUGAGGGUUACUUGAUCGGAGAGGAAGGCUACUGCCUGACCUCCCUGCAGAGUGCCUUGGCUUAUGUUGAGUCGCUGAACACGGGAGGAGCUCACCUUCCUUCAGACAAGCUCAUCUGAUAAGACUGACUGGUGGUGGACUGCUGCUCGACAUCCAGACGGUUAAUUUCCGGCUCCGCUGUGGAGAAGAAACGGCCAACCCUGCAGCUCCUGCAAGUUGAUGCAUGCUAUCGUGCACACUCACCUUUCACACUAGCUAAAGAGCUGUUUUUGCUGUUUCCUACUCCGGUGCCUGUGAGUUGAACCCUACAUGGACCCGAGCUUGACCAAGAACAGCUGGGAGCUUCCUGCUGAGCAUCUCUCGGACUCUGAUAUGGCUGAUAUCAGUACUGCUGGACUUUUCAACCCUGUUUCUUUUCCUCUUUUUCUGUUGUCUUUGAUUUCUCGACUGUUUGUGGCACUUUUCAUGUCAGCUAUCAAAGCAUGCCUGUCUGGAUAUGUUCUCUAUCUCGUGUACACGCCCCUGUACGAUGAUGGAUGUCUGGACAAGCCUCUGCAUCUUACAAACAGCUUCAUUCAGACACGAUUCUGCUGCUGGAGGAUGAAAUAUUCCCUCUGGUUUCUCAUCACUCUGGACAAGACUGGAAGGUGCAGGUUGGAGUCACCCACCUGGGCAGGUAAUAUUAAAAUCUCCUUGUCUGAAUGGGGGUAAAACCCUGCCGUGGGGAGAUGCAUCUGUUCCACAAACCAGCAGUUUUUCCUGUUCAGUAAAUAAAUGGGGUGUAAUGGAGCCGGGAUUCGUGCUGGUGCUCUGAUACUUGUCCAGCUUGGAGUUUCCAAAACCUCUGGAACUGAAAUCGGACUAAAGCAGAAAUCACCACAGAACGUAAAUCGUUUUCAUUUGUGCACUUUGUGUGUGGAGGGGAUGAGGGCUGGACGUGGGCUGGACGUGGGCUGGACGGGCGGUGGGCCGGGAAGGUCGGAGAACACUGGAAAACUGGAGGAGCACAGGAAUGACGUGAGUGCUGCUGCUGUAAAGUCUGCAUGGAGCAGCAGAUCAGGUGGAACUUACCGGAGGAAACGUUUGCACUUUGCUAGUCUGCAGCACUUUCUAGUGUCUGCUUGUGAACUAGAUUACAAGCCAAAGGGACCAAAGGUGCAUCGACCUUAUUUUUCAGUUCAGUAUGCAGCAGUCGAACUUGUUUUUCUCUCGUAUCCACUUGCAUACAUUUUUUCUGCUUUUUUUUUAUUUACUUUGAAUAAUCUUUUUCGAGUUAACAGCUCAUGUCAUUCCUCCCCUCUGACCUCUACGGCUACGUUAGCGUAGCAUGCUAACCUUCGUGGUUUAACGAGUCGACCAAGCGGCGCUGAAACUUUCAGGUGUAAAAAUGAGUCUUUUUUUAUGCUUUUCUGUGCUUCAGUUUUAAACACAAACAUUGAAAUGGGUGUUAACUUGAAGAGCUCAUGUUAUCUUUUUUUUUUUUUUUUAAGCCCACCACCUGCAAAUUCAGGAAUUCUGGAGGUUAAUGUUCGUAUUUCCAGUCUGUUCCCGCCCAGUCGGCUACUGGUUUCCACUGAUAGCCUGCAGACUGCUGCAGCAUGUCGCGUGUUAAAGCGUUUCCCACAGCAGUGAGUUUGUAGUUUCUUCUGGAGCAAAGUGGGUUAUCUAAUGCUGGAAGCAAGUUUAGCUGGUGGGAAUCGAACUCCUGGACUAAAAUAAGAUGAAACCCAGACGUCCUCAGGAACCAGAGUGAGUUGGUUAACAAACUCAGAUGUGCAGAAAUGUUGAUUUAAUGUGUUUUAAAGACAAACCGGAAGCAGUCCAAUCACACAGAAAACCUUUUCAUUUUUAUUUGUUUUGUAUGUUUGAAUUCACUAUUUAAGAUGCAUAUUUUUAUUUUCUAUAGGUUGUAAAAAGAUGUCUUAAAAACUUUUUGGAACUGUUUUCUAUUAUCUGCAUUGUGUGAAGUAUAUUCAUGUCUUUAUAAAGGAUGGAAUGAAAAUGGAAGGAAACUGAUCAUUGUGAGCCAUUAUGUUCAUGAACAUGAUUUAUUGUACAUUUGCUCCAGAAAAAUGAAUGUCAUUUUAUUAUUAAACUGUCCAGCGAAUGCUUGAAAAUUAUAAAUUUUGAGAGGCGAGUCAAUAAAGAGAAGACAAAUGUUUAAAUGAAAUUAAAGGUCUGUGGAACUGAUUUU